AUGGGCUUGAUCAUAUCGAUUGCUUUGGUAGCGUUAGCUGCGACUAUCGCUUGGCUCGUAUACACUUACUUCCUCUCCCCUUUGGCCUCCAUCCCUAAUGCAGGAAUUCUGGCUCCCGUCUCCCGUUUACUCUGGGAGUUUCCCACCGAGUAUCAAGGCAAAAUCACCCUGGAGUUACCCAAACUUCACCAAAAGCUUGGUCCCCUCGUCCGGAUCGGGCCCAACCAGAUUUCAUUCUACUCCCUCGAUAUCUACAAGACUGUGCAUGCACCGAAUAGCCCGUUCGUCAAAGACCCUCGCGUGUAUAACCAGUUCGUCCAGGAUGGCCACCCUGCGCUGUUCUCAAUCACGGAACAUGCCCAGCGUCGACGUCACAUGGGUAUCCUUUUCAAUCGCAGCAAGGUUCCCGCGUUGACAGAGAUGAUGCUCGAGCAGAUCGAUAAGUGGAUGCAGUGUUUGAGUCUGGCAAAGAUAAAAGGGCCUAUUGAUCUCGGACCGUCUUGUCGCGCGUUGGAGUCGGAUAUUGUUUCAACAUUUGCUUUUGGUAAUGCCAUUGGAGGAAUCGACUCUCUUCAGAAUGGAGAUGAGCUUGCGGUCAUCAAGGAAAAUGAUCUCAAGUCCUCGAAGAUGCCAGUGUAUGUGAACUUCCCGCUUGCCGUUGGUCUAUGGCACUCGGUCGCAGCCUGGAUUUACCGACUAUCCGGCUGGGAAGUAUCCUCGUGGGCCGAUUCCCAACUCAUCGCAACGAAAGACAGUGAGAAGGCGCCCCGUCUAUCCUUCCUCAAAGUCAUGGCCGGGGCCAGAGUGUCCGAGCAGUCCGCCCUCUCGGAAGCCAAGGAGAUGCUUGGUCCCGGCACCGAUACGACGUCCGCCACCCUAGCACACAUUAUCUACGCCUUGUCGCUCAACCGAUCCUUCCAAGCGGAGCUAGUCACCGAGCUCGACGCUUCCGGAUGGCCCACCGAUAUGUCCGCCCUGGAAGCCAUCCCCCGCCUGGUAGCCUGCGUCAAAGAGGGGAUCAGAUGGACCGGGGCCGCCGCCGCAAUGCUUCCGCGCAUCGUGCCGCGCGGGGGAUAUUCGCUAGUGGGGAAGUAUCUUCCGGAAGGGACGAUGAUCUCCAGUUCCCCGAUCUGGUAUCUCCGCGACGAGACAGCAUUCCCGGACCCCGAACGUUAUAGGCCUGGGCGGUGGCUGGUGCAGGAAAAGAACGACACGACGUCGCGGCGAGAUGACUACUACAUCCCGUUCUCCAAGGGCGCGUCUACGUGUAUCGGCAAUCACUUUGCAUACCUCGAGCUAUACCUGUCCCUCUCGCGGCUGCUGAAGCGAUAUUCCGUCCACCCAGCAGAUCUGUCCGGUGCUAAUGCUUCGGAUCACGAAGCUGUCCUUCCACCGCGACGGGAGUGGGUUGCUGCUGUGCCGAUCAAUCGGUUAGAGGUGGUUCUCCAGGAACGGUCAUAGCAAGGAAUCAUUGAACUCUUUCUGUAAUAGUCAAGCUUGUGUGAGUUGCCAUCUGCGAUGGAAUCCUCCCCUUGCUCAUCUAUGAUGUCUCCUGCUACCGUCGUGGCUGCGAUUGCCUUGCUGGCACGGAAGUCAUGGGCGUGGAUGGAAUGUUUGGACGAGCAGGGCUCCUUCCAAUCAAUCAAACAUUGUGGUAGCAGCCGGCUUUUGGAAUCUAC